UGUGGCUGUGUUUUAGGUGCACGCAUUGACAAAAGAGAACUCGGUCAGACGGGACAAAAUUAUCAAUCGUUCUCUUGGAAUUAACCGAUAGUUUCGGCGAACAUGGGAUCAAAAAGCAAGGAAAAUUUAUUUCCAAUGGAAGGGCUUGAAGCCCGGGAUAUAAUCGUAGGUGACAAGAAGAGUAAAGAUAAGGAGGUACGACCGAAUAUUGGAGACCAUCGUGAAGCUCAUGCCCCUUAUCGAUCCGCCAGAACACUUUUGAAAUACUUCGUGAAUACUACCACUUUCCACGGCCUCCCCCAAAUUUUUGGAGCCCCUUACUUCCUCGAGAGGGUCUUUUGGUUGGCGGCGUUCCUCGUAUGCCUGGGCGUCUUUACACAUCAAGGAACUGUAAUCGUCUAUGACUUCAUCUCCUACCCUUACUCAACUCGAACCGACAUCAUCACCGAAUCCUCCCUGGACUUCCCCGCCGUUACCAUUUGUAAUGCCAACAUGAUGAGGCGAUCGAAGCUUGUCGACACUAGAUUCGAAGACCUGGUUGAACUCGAUGGUAAUACAGGCCAAACUGAUGAUUAUUCUUUUUGGUUCGAUGACGCCUUUUUCAACGGACUCGAGGAAUCAUCUUCAUCUAGCAUGUCUAACCAGUCAGAAAGCAGUUCUUCGAUCAGUGAUUCAGGGGCUUCUCAACCUGAACGUACAGAUCUUGAGGAUGUAUUCAGCUUCUUUGAAAGCUACUGGGAUGAUAGUUCAUUUGAUUUCAGCUUCUAUGAUGCGUGGAACGGAAUAUCAGGAGCAGAGAAUUGGGAAGCGAUCUUUAAUCGGUCUCAGUUACCCGACUUCUCUGAUGUUCGAGCUCUCCUCAACCCUACAAGAGCCGAACUUGAAGAGUAUGGACACCAGGCUGAAGAUUUUAUCCUUCAGUGUAGCUUUGAUCAUCGUCCUUGCAGCUACAGAAAUUUUUCGAGGUUUGAACACAGUCAAUAUGGAAACUGUUUUACAUUUAAUGGGAGGAUGUUGGAGGAUUCAACCACGACGACACUGAGGUCAGGCAGAACUGGGUCAAAUUAUGGAUUGCAGUUGACUCUCUUCACGGAACAGCCCGAGAACAUAGGGAUCCUGACGGAUGAAUCAGGGGUCAAGGUCUCCAUCCACGGUCAGACAGAACAACCAUUCCCUGAGACUAACGGACUUACUGCAUCUACUGGUCAGAAGACUAUUAUUGGCUUAAGGAAGCUGAACAUCACCCGUCUUGGAGGUCGGUACGGUGAACCAUGUACAAGGGCAGGAGAAGGCACCAACUUCACAUCCCAGACGUUCUCCUACACGGUAAACGCCUGUCAGAAACAAUGUCUUCAGGCUACCCUACGCCAAUCCUGUGGCUGCAUCACUGACAUCAGGUUUAGCAACUACACCCAAUGCAGCGCUCUCGACUCAAGGCAAGAAAAAUGCCGCCAACUUGUUGAAUAUCUCUACGAUACUAGCACCCUGAAGUGUUCUUGCCCAAUACCAUGCAGUGAGGAGUCAUACAGGCGAACUGUAUCAUCAUCGUUAUGGCCAUCAACAAGAUAUGAGACACAUCUCGCCGAACAGCUCGUGAACAUUAACAACAAGCUGGAGAGGAUUAUCACAGAUUCAAGGAAAACCAGGGAAAAUGUUGUGAAUCUGGUGGUCUUUUUCGAGGAACUGAACUACGAGCUAAAUCUACAGCUACCCGUCUACACGCUGGAGAGUCUUCUUGGGAACCUGGGAGGCCUCCUCGGGCUCUACCUCGGGAUAUCGUUCAUGUCAAUGGGAGAGAUCUUAUUCCUAUUUGCCGGCUUCCUGAAUAUCAUCGGCAAGAAUUUCCUCUGCAGGUCCUGCAAAUCCAAGAAAGAAUCCGAGCAAGCAUACGAUGAUCAUAAAUCGAAUUCUCAAUUCAAUCAGUCUUCGCCUGAUCACGACGAAGAGGUUCCUCGAGCUCAGUGGUAUCGGACUUUGGUGGUGCUGGGUACGCUGUUUGUGUUUUCAUCAACGGUAGUCGUCGUCGCACUCGUAGUCCUGUUCGAUAUCGGGAUCAUCAAAGUGAAUUUGUGAUUUUAAACAUUAGCAAUGAAUAUCCAUGUGACAUUGAAUAUUGUUAAAUGUAAACUCAUAAUAUUGUAUCACUUUUCUAGAUACAGUACGAAUGGAUUUUGAUGUAAACCAUCCCUGUUCAUCUAGAGUUUCGAUGUUACUAGUGUCCAUUAACGCACACAUUUACACUCUCCAUGGACUUGACCAUUAACCUCAGGUUAGUCGAGUCACGACACCUGAAUUGUAUACAUUGAGUUAGUUAGACACUCUGCUACUGAGCUGUGUAUCGUCUCAUUCUGUAGGGUCAUUUCUUGUAACCUAGAACUUAAAGUUAUAACAAUCCAUCAGCGAACUGCGAUCGCUGUAGUAUUCAGGCUUGUUGAAUUUAUCAACCAUUCAAACAUUCUUGAAUGCAUCAGUAUUCAUAUUUCAAAAGAGUAGAAAUAAAGCUCAAUCUGUAGAAAUGUGAAUUCCUAAUUUAUGUUAAAAAAUAACCUCAUUAAUAGUGGGUUCUUAUUAGGACAACGCAAAAAGUAACCAUUUAGCACAUAUAUAUUUAACUAGUGUCUGCUUCUGUUUAAUGUCAUCCAUGUUUGCACUCUGCGCAUACGUCCCGAAGAUGAAGUUAUAACAAUCCAUCAGCGAACUGCGAUCGCUUUAGUAUUCAGGCUUGUUGAAUUUAUCAACCAUUCAAACAUUCUUGAAUGCAUCAGUAUUCAUAUUUCAAAAGAGUAGAAAUAAAGCUCAAUCUGUAGAAAUGUGAAUUCCUAAUUUAUGUUAAAAAUUACCUCAUUAAUAGUGGGUUCUUAUUAUAGGACAACGCAAAAAGUAACCAUUUAGCACAUAUAUAUUUAACUAGUGUCUGCUUCUGUUUAAUGUCAUCCAUGUUUGCACUCUGCGCAUACGUCCCGAAGAUGAAGCUACUGUCUGCAGUUUUCAUUAACGGACAAGUCCACCACACGAAAAAGUUUAUUUGAAUAAAAAGAGAAAAAUCAAACAAGUGUAACACUGACAAU